AAGAACACCAUCCCUCCCUUCCCCCAUCUUGGCUAGUAGCUCGGCCUGGCUCUACAGCCCGAAGCUUGGUAUAUAAGUAAAGCGCGUGAGUGCCUGUUAACAGUUGCGUGGAAGCUUUUGUGUACUUCGCAUCCUAGGAGGAAUUUAUGCUCAAAAGGCUAUCAAGAUGGCACAUGGAACUAAUAAAACAGUCUUGGACAGAUACCUGAGACUUGAAAUCCCUGAUCAGAAAUGUCAGGCUAUGUACGUCUGGGUUGACGGUACAGGAGAAAACCUGAGGUCUAAGACAAGAACUCUCAACUUCACUCCCAAGAGCCCAAGUGAACUUCCUAUCUGGAACUUUGAUGGCUCUUCAACUGGACAAGCUGAGGGCAGUAACAGUGACGUGUAUCUGCACCCAGUUGCUGUCUACAGAGAUCCUUUCAGGCUUGGCAAUAACAAGCUAGUUCUCUGCGAGACCUACAAAUACAACAAGAAACCUACUGACACAAACAAAAGAUGGAGCUGCCUGGAAGUCAUGAAGGAGGCUGAGGAGCAGCAUCCCUGGUUUGGUAUGGAACAAGAAUACACACUUCUGGAUAUUGACAAGCACCCUCUUGGCUGGCCCAAGAAUGGUUACCCAGGCCCCCAGGGUCCCUACUACUGCGGUGUAGGUGCUAGCAAAGUAUACGGCCGUGACAUUGUUGAAGCUCACUACAGAGCCUGUCUCUACACUGGCAUCAACAUUUCUGGAGAGAAUGCUGAGGUCAUGCCCGCCCAGUGGGAAUUCCAGGUCGGUCCUUGCGAGGGCAUCGUCAUGGGAGACGACCUCUGGAUGGCCAGAUAUCUCCUCCAUCGUGUGGCUGAAGACUUUGGUGUCGUUGUAUCACUUGACCCCAAACCUAUUCCAGGAGACUGGAAUGGAGCUGGAAUGCACACCAACUUCUCCACGAAAGCUAUGCGUGACCCAGACGGUAUCGUUGAAAUCGAAUCUGCCAUCGACAAGAUGUCCAAGGUCCACGAUAAGCACAUCAGGGCUUAUGACCCCCACGGAGGCAAGGACAACGAGAGGCGUUUGACUGGGCUCCACGAGACCUCCUCAAUCCACGAUUUCUCAGCAGGUGUGGCCAACAGAGGAGCUUCCAUAAGAAUCCCUCGUGGUGUUGCCGAAGAAAGGACAGGAUACCUCGAGGACCGUAGACCUUCUUCCAAUGCUGAUCCCUAUGUUGUGUCCGAGAGGCUGGUGCGCACUAUCUGCCUUAACGAGCAGUAGAGUCGCUGCUGCUGCACAUCGUCGCAUAUCAUUUCCAGGAGGUAUUCCAGCUGUCCAGAGUACAAUUAUUGUGUUGUUAACUAGAUAUACCUGUUCGUAUGUUAUGUGUUCUCACCGGCUACGUCUGUCAUGACCGUAACGUGUCCCUGAUUACGACCAAUCGAUAAAAAACAAGAAACUGCUCUGGAAAUACUUCAAAAAAAAAAAUAGUAAGACCUUUGUGGUGCACUGAUGAAGAAUUAUACAAUCCUGAGCCUUGCCUAGAGGAUCAUUUCAUCGUUGCAUACUGUAUGCACUGUCUGUUAUCUGAUUAUCUGAUCGCCACAGUUGCUUUACAGUCUAAGAUCAACACAAAAUUAUAUAUGUAUAGCUCGAAGCAAGCUCUCUUAGGUUUUGUUUUAUGCAAUGCACGUACAUCAUAAACAAUGCUCUUUCUGAUUAUGCAAAUGUAAAACAAUUUUCUAAGGUCAACUUCAGGAUUAACUAUCUGCAAGAAACACACUUGAUCUUAAUCUCACCCAAAUGUGAAAUAUGACUCUAUCAUCAAACUGCUGAUUGUCUAGUAACCGGGCUAUUUAUACCGUUCUAUGUAUUGUGUUUUGUCCACGUCAUUAAACCCGUGAUAAACUAGAGACAUAAAACUAAUUACUUUACACAAACAUUUCUUGAAACUCGUGGCUCUGAUCGCCAGCAUCCUUACCCACACUCUCUCAACUUCUUAGCACAGUGUUUGUGGAACUUCUUUUUUUAUAUAAAAAAAUUACUCUGUAUAUAAAUAUUUUAUGAUAAAUAUAUUUCUAUAAUGGUAAUAUGAA